AUUGUUGCCAAAAGUAUUGCCGACACUACACAUAAGCGUAUUGAAGGAAAAGAUACAAUCAUUUUAAGUAACACAUACCCAUGUGGAAAGAAUCUUUGUGAAAUGUUCCAAUACAACAAAGUCUUUCAAAUUCAGAAUAAAGUAGUCAAAGUGAAUGUUGGUGUCUUAGCCUCCGAAUUCACACUAUAUCGCAGUGAAGAAAAAAAGCAGGAAGUAUUCAAACAUAUACCACAAGCGCUUGGAGGAGAAAUGGAAGCAAAUGGUAUAAAUCGGGUUGCUGAGAGAGAAGGAGGAUUUGAAUGGAUCAUAAUAAAAUCUAUUGUGGACUGGGGGAAUGAAGACAAAAACAAAAACUGGAAACCAUUUGGAGCUGUCUCGUCUGCAAGGUUUGUCCUAAAAUGCUUGAAGGAUCAACAUAGUAAGGCUGACCCAUUGGCAAUUAAUUAUGAAGAGAAAAUAGUUCAUGUUGAAGAUCUGAAAAAAUCAGGUAUUCUAGAAAAGUGGUGUAAAGAAGGUAUUAUGGAGCUGACACUUACUCGUGUACAUAUGGUUGGUCCUGCUGGAUCUGGGAAAACUUGUACACAAUGUCUUCUACUCAAUGAAGACCCUCCAGCCACAACAUCAAAAUUUGAUUCACACACCAAUGCCCCAUCCACCACUAGCUCACCACCUGGUGAUUCUGGCUUCACUCUAGCCUCUAAACAUACCACUGACAGUACACCAAUAGCUUGUAAAGCUGUCAAAGCUCUAAGAAUAGCUUUUGAUGGUAAAGAGACAUGGAACAAAAUUACUGCAGAAAAAUUGUCAGAGCAGUUAGCAUCAAGUUUAAAAGAAGCUGUAGAUAAUGCCACUCAACAAAUUCAGCCACAUUUGAAUGAAUCCAAGGAUGCCAUACAAAAGGAACAAUUAAAUGAAACACAUGAAGAAUACUCUGAUUCUGGGAAUGAAGAGCAAACUGAUUCAAAACCUGAUUCAAAGCAUUCAUCCUUUGAUCCAGAAGUAUUAGAAAAUGCAAAAGAAACUCAGCAAGAAGAAACACUGGAGAUUAAGAGUGUAUUUUAAAAAAUUGCUGAUUAUAUUUCUAAAAAAGAAGCUAUGCAGUUAAGUGAGAAGUGGGUGUACAUUGUUGAUUCUGGUGGUCAACCAGCAUACCAAGAGCUAUUGCCUGUUUUUAUUAGAGCAGCAUCUCUUAAUAUCAUCACACUUGAUAUUUCAAAAGGCAUUGAUGAGGAGUUUGAGUUUAUGUAUCGAAUUAAUGGACGAGAAUUUCCAUGUGAUGGGGGAGUGAAAUAUACAAAUCGUAAAAUUUUCAAUUCUGUUGUUUCAUCAGCAUCAGUUCAAAAACCAAUUAAUAUUCCAUUUGUGAAGCAUCAGUCUAAACACUCAAUGUCUUUUGUCCUGGGUACUCAUUAUGAUGUUAUGUUUGAAAGAGCCGACAAAAAUGAUCCUAUGGAAGAAGUGAAGGAGAUGAAUAGUAAUUUGAUGUCUGCAGUGCCCCAUUUAAGAAAACAUAUUAUUACUAACGUACAUAAAAAUUCCAUCAUAUAUCCAGUUAAUACAAUGGAAGAGGAUUCUGACAAGAGAAAAAAAAUUAGCGAAGAAAUUUUAGAGAAAAUGUCAAAAUGUACAGAAGUUACUAUUGAAAUCGAACUUCCAAUGCGUUGCUUUGUGUUUGAGCUUUACCUAGAAGAAAAGGCACAAAGUAAAGGUUUUGUUACUAAAACAGAAGCUAUUAAAGAUUGUAAAAGAUAUCUUUACAUGAAUGAACAUGAUGUUGAAAUAGCUUUAACCUUUCUUCACAAUAGCACAAUUAUUUUAUACUACCCUGAAAUCCAACCACAAUUAGUGUUUAUUGGUCCUCAGAAAAUCAUUGACGUUCUUUCACAUUUGUUAGCUCUCACUUAUGUCAGUUAUCCAAUACCAGCAACAAAACUGGUACCAAAUUUGUUGCAGGAUGAACAGACACGUCUUAAAGAAAAAGGCUGUUUUAAGAAAGCUCUUCUUGAAAAGUUUUGUGGUGUAUUCUCAAAUGAUUUCACACCAGAUUACUUUAUUAACUUGCUUCAACAUCUUCAUAUUAUUACAGAAUUAAAAAGCCAGUCCCAGGAUAGUAGCUACUUCCUUCCUGCUGCUUUACCUGCCUACAAUAAUGAAUAUGAUAAUGAUCUACCUAAGAGUAUAAAGCCUCUUUAUUAUGUGUGGCUAGAAAUGGCAGAAGAUGAAUGGGAAUCAAAAAAUUUUGUCCUUGUUCCUCAAGGAAUUUUUCCCUUAAUUUAUGUCUAUUUGCUUGAGCAGACAAAAUACAAAGUUCAACUUCCUCAGCAACACUGCAAGUAUCGUGAUGCUGUUUCACUUUGGAUCUGGAUUAAAGGAAAACGUUGCACACUAUACAUCAUUAAUCGUUAUGAACAUAUUGAAGUCUAUUUUAAUGGUCCUAAGAACUGUUAUUGUCCACAAGUCCGUGAGCUAAUUACCACAAUCAUUAAUAAAAGCUCUGAUGCCAUUAAUGCUAAACGGAAUCAUGCAAUUGCAUUUCCUUGCCCUAAUGGGAAGGAACAUUGCUAUUGUAUAGUGGAUGAAGAGAACAAGGUAGCAGAUUGCCUAUUGUGGCAUUCAAAUGAAAAUGAUGUCAGUGAAAAUGAUGAGACUUAUUGGUGCUGGUUUGGUCUUGAAUCUGACUCUAGUUCAGCAGGUAUAAAAGAAGAUGUUCUUUUGAACACAACACAUUUGCAUGAUGUACGAAUGUUGCUUAAAGAGGGUAAAUUUUCAAAUUCUGAAUGUACUAAUUUUGGCCUUGGUUUGGGUUUAUAUAAUGACACAUUAAAAACUAUUGAGAUGGAUUAUCCAAGAGAUACUAAUGGGUGUGUUAGAGAGUGUCUGGUGAAAUGGUUGGAGAAUGCUGAUGAUGUAAAUGAUAAAGGAGGAGCAAAAUGGAGCACAUUAAUUAAAGCUCUUGAAGAAUGUGAUCAAAACUCAACAGCUGAUUACAUCAGAAACAAAACAUUGAAAAGAAAAGCUGAUGAAGAACUAUGUACAACUUCCAAAAGUAGCAAAGUAGACUAAAGUCAAUAUAAUUACAAGGCUUUCUUUGCUAAAUAGAAUAAUUAUAAUGGUAACUAGUGAUUAUAGUGUACUGUAUAUCUACAUAGCAGUAUAGAUAUUAUUUGGUUUUGUUAACAAUAAUUAUUGUUGAUUAAUUGCAUACUACAAUAUAACAUGUAUAAAAGGGAAAAUCCCCAACACCCACACACUUCACAACACAAAAUGGCCUCCUCUUCAACCCCACCUCCUCCUCUUGAUUCCAGUCCUAGAGAAGACCUGUGGGCUGAAUGGCUGGAACCAUUAACAAAAUGGCGAACCUUUGGACUGUACUUACCAGGAAUAAAACAAAA